UCAGUUUUAAGAUUCAAUCGCCGUUAAAUUGGCACUUUCACGGUCAGGCAUGUUGACUUCCUUUUGAUUAACUAAUCCUUUUUUGUUUCUAGAGUCGCUGAGGCCAUCCAUACUUACGAUCGUUUCUGAAGGGCCCUCAGAAUAGUAGGAAUAUUCAUACUGCAGCUCUGCAGUAUUUGUAUCUGCCUCACCUGUGCUCAACAACUUGAUGUUGGGGUUAUCAAACUUCUCAACAGGUUGAAGCUUAGUAUUCUCCAAUCGGUGCAUACAUUCAAGAGAGUCUACUACACGAACCCCACCGAUCACCAGUGUUGGAUUCAUUUCCACUUCGGUCUCAGAGUUUGGCAAUGUGUACCAGGAUGUACUACCGUCAACUGCAGUGCUUACUGGAGAAGCGUCGGCAAUGAUAUCAUAUUCGAUUUCUACGUUAGUCUCACUCGGAGGGAUCGAGUAUUCUGAAUAGAGNGAGCUAUCCGAUAGCGCUGUUUUUAAUUCCCCACUUGAUUCAGUUGA